AUGGUGGUUGUAAUUGUAUGCUGUUUGGUGCAUACUGGAAUGCCCCGGUUUCGAUAUCCUGGUGCAGUGGUAAUCUGUUUUUCUUUAUUCUAUUUUGAUCUCACGCAGGGAGAUGGAACAGUUACUUCAUUAGCCCAUACCUUCUAUAAUUAUCUUUUUGUAAUUGGGAUAUACGUAUAUGCAGAUAUAUAUUUAGUGUAUUCUCUUCACUCUAUCAAAAAAACAAACUUCACCUACACACCAGUUGUCUUCCAUCGGAUACGGAGUAAGAACAUUGAUAAGAUCACCGACAUGAGAGGUUUCAAAUGGUCGUCAAGACGGAGGGCCUCCAAAAUGGCUGACGAUGAUUCAGACUCCCAUGAAGGCAAUGGGAAUGGCACUGUUCAUCCGCGUUCACGUUCGAUGUCGCAUGCUGGCAAUGCCACUGGCAAUGCGGCUGAGCCAACAGCGAGCAAGAGGAAAAGUUCAUUUCUAUUGUCUUCUAGGUUUAGUAGAUCGAACGAAAAUAUCAUAUCGGAACAACAAUUGUCGCGAUCGUCCACUGUAGGCAUUCCUUCCAUCGCAGAGACUGCUCAACAGGCAAGGAUGCCACGUAGCCAGCCGCAGCAACCACAGCCGCAGCAGCAGCCUCAGCAGCACGCGGAUAGGAAUACUGUGGUCACUUUGGAUCAGAACAAUUAUGAUAACACUAUCUUGAAAGUGGGAUGGGUGAACAGAUCGAACGGUCAGUAUUUGCAAUCGGCUGCAUCGCCAAUAGAUUCUCGUAUGCCAAAUGAUCAUAUAUCUAGACCAGAUUCAACGCAUGGCUCGACAAGUCAAAAUAAUCUUGGCGAGAAAUUGGGUGGCAGCUUGAGCAAAGAAAGCAUCGUGCCGCCAAAGAAAGACCUAUACAUGUACAAAUCAAAUAGUUCAGGCUCAAGCUUAAACCUGAACACAAUUGGAAGUGGUAACAACGAUACUCUAUUGGUCCCAGAUUAUAAACUAUAUAGAGCACAAUUGAAAGGUCCCUUACUGCAUCUUUACAAGAGUGGACUGCCGAACAGUGUGAAGUAUUUUGAUCCUUUAGUCACACAACCACCUUCAAACAAUAAUAAUGCACAAACUAAUACAAUUGGAAGCGCUACAAGUCAAACUCCAAGACAAACUUUAAGUUAUGUAAAUGAUAUAUUCCCACAUCCACAAUUAAAAUUGGAAAAAAAUAAAGAUGGUAGAGAGAGAAUUGUUUCAGGAAGUUUAGAGAGUCUUUGUCACACUGUUUUGUUUUGGAAUACAACAUCAAGAAAUGCAAUAAAUUUGAUUUUAUUGCUACCUAUGUUAGAUGAUUUCACUAAAUCUUUUAAUUAUUUCAUUUUGUAUACAAAUCAUUUCAUAGCCCACUACCAUAAUGAUAACGCAACAGAUGAAAAAAAAUUAAAUUUAUUAGAAGAAAGAAUAUCAUUAUUAAUCAAAUCAAUAGUAGAUCUGAUGCCAAGUUUUCUGUUAUCUCAACAAUGUCUAAAUUCAAUCUUUACAUUAAUCAAGAUGCUCAAAUUAGAAAAUUUGAAGACAAUAAUAAAUAAUAAGACAAAAUCUUUAAACAAACUAGUAUCUUUUAAAAAUUUAGAGCUAUUACAAUCCGAUGAACUGAGAGCCUUAAAAUAUGAAUAUUUUAUUAAAUCAGUCGACCCUAUUGCAUUUGCUGACACUUUCCAUACAAUAAGUUUGACAUUCGAUAAAGUUUGGUCUCCUAGGUACGAUUAUUCCCUGCUUUACAAUUCUACUUAUAUCAAUAAUGUUACAAUCAGUCCUUCGACUCCACAGAAUAAUAGCUCCAACAACAAUAGUACCGAAUCGCUUAUAAUUAGAUCAUUGAAUCCUUCUGUAUUCAAUAAUGAUGAUAACUUACAUAUUUUGGGAAGAAUAAUGACCUCACAACUGUUCUCAUCAUCAGCUUCACCAAAACUGCGUGCAGAAUUAUUGAUGAUCUGGAUUAAAGUUGGUUGCAGAUUGGAGGAAAUUGGAGAUUUAUCCUCUUGGUUGUCAAUAGCAACUAUUAUAUGUUCUCAACCAAUAUUAAGAUUAUCAAAAACCUGGAAUUUUGUCGAUGAUACUACUAUAAAAAUUGUGCUGCGUGAUUGGAUCCCAACAAUGGUACAAUUGGGAAGGAGGCAAUUUGCAUCUAAAUCCACAAAUAGUGUAUUUAUUCUAGCACCUCCUAACCUAGAGGACAAAUUCAUAAGAGAAAAUGUUAUAUCAUAUUUUGGAGAUUUAACAAUUUAUGCCGAUAAAUUGAAAGAUGAUAUUAAAUUUAAAUACCUUGAGAAGAAAAUUAAUAGAACAAAAAAUGCAUUUUAUAAAUGGGAACAAAGGCUGCAAGAUACAUCUAACAAAGACGCCAAUGCAAUUAAUGUACAAAGCAAAAUUAAUAAAGACUUGAAAAUUGAUGAGAAUGUUAAAAAUGAUAUUAAUUCAUAUUGGAGAUACUAUUUAUCUUCUCCCAAGGUGGAUAUUAAUAAGUUAAUGCAGUUAAGUUUGGAUAUCGAACCUCCAAGUGUAGAUCAAUCUAUAUAUUCAAAGAUUGGCCUCAAUACUAAUUCGUCAAUUUUAACGGGGAGCUAUCUACCAGUAGUUUUUAAUGAGUUAAGCACAAACUUUUCAUUUUUCCCAAAGAAGUCAAUCAUUGAGUUAUCUGCAGUUAAAAAUACCAAAAAUGAUCUCCCAACAGGAGAACAAACUCAUUCUUCAAGUAAAGUGCCGCCACCAAGAUCUUCUGCAAGGAUGUCAAAAUCCAUUUCCAUCAGUGAACCAUUUAGUCUAAUGAGAUCUUCUUAUGCACAAAUAAAUGAUGACUACAGUAAUAAUACUAUUGAUGAAAUUAGUUCAAAACAAAUAACUGGGUUUGACCUAAUUGACUCGGCAAUUUUGAAAAAUAUAAGUUCAAUCGAACCUUCAAAUUCCAAAUUAAUGAGAUCAGCAUGUGAUAUUUACAACAUUAACUCUCAUAUUUUCCGUUUAAACAAUGGACUAAUUUUUAAAACAUUUCAAGAUCACUCAGAUGAAAAUAGUAAUAUAGGAAUUAAUACAAGUUUUGCAAGUGAAAUAAGUGACUCCACCACUCGUUUUUCACAUUUAUCUGUAUCAACUAAUAAUAAUACUUCAUUUAGAGAUAUAAUCAAGGAUUUAUCAACUAUUUCAAAUUCUAAAGACUCUCGACUUUCCUCAAUUCCAAAAAGCAAUAGCAUCGAAGAUUUAGACUUUUUGAAGGAUAUUACAAAAUUUUCUGAUGGAUUUGAUGAAUCAACAGUUAUCAAUACAGUUUUAAAAUCUAGCUCCUUGGAUAAAAUGAUUGAUUUAUUAGUAUUGACAAUUACAAUAUUUUCUAAAUUAGUAAAUACCAGCGAUCUAAAGAAAUAUUAUGAAGAUGUUAGUAAAGUAACUUCGGUUGAAAAUGAUUCUUUAUUAAAACAAGCAGCUCCUUCCACUACAUUUGGGUUAUUAGAUUUUGCCUUUGUAAAAUUAUCAAUGGAUAGUACUCUAUUUACUGAAAUAUUUUUCGAUUCUUAUAAAAGUUUUACUACAACAACUUCAUUAAUUGAGCAACUAGCCAAACGAUUUAUUAAAGCAAAGGCAUGUGCAUACGCUAUAACAGCAAUGUCAUUGAGAGAAUCUGAACUAAGCGACACGGUUGACAGUUCCAAAUUUCCAAAUUGGGACAUGACAGUUGAAAAGGAGAGUGAAAUAAAUAUGUCUUUCGUUCUCAUGAUACAUUUAGGAAUAAUGGAAGCUGUCCACCAUUUGGUGAAACACCAAUAUUCAGAUUUCGCAGAUGAUAUAACCUGUAAUUCCACAUUUUUAGAUUUCUUUAAGAUUUUAGAGGAAUCCGUAACAGAGGAUUGGCCAAAGCAGAUUAGAGUAAUUAAAGAAGAGAGAGCUUUGCCACCAGACCAGAUUGAAGAAAUUGAUUCUGUAUAUUCAAAAUUGUCACUUCAUUUCAAUAACAUUAAAUCGUUGUACCAAAAACAAUUUUAUCGUCCUGUAAAUAUGCACAGAGCUAGUAGAAGAGCUAGUAUGUUAUUGAAUUCUUUUGUUAAUUACUCUUAUGAUAAUUUUAGCAAUUCUCUAAAGAACAUUGAAAACGUUGAUGAAUUCACAACAUCAUUUUUGGCACUAAAAUAUAAUGAUUAUGAAGCUAUAUUGAAUUGGCUUGUUCCAUUGAACAUUUUUAUAUCACAACAAUUUCAAUUAGUAACCAAAUCUGAAUGGAUAACUCUUUCACAACAAUUGGAAAUCUUAUAUAAUCAAUCACCAACAUCCCUAUUUAACUAUCCUUCACAUAUUGAAUAUCUGAAACUGUUAAGUGUAGGAGAUUUAGAAAUUGAAGAAUUAGAGAUCGCGAACAUAUUUGUCUGGUUGUCAUCAGUAGUAGGAAACCAAAGACAGCUCUUUUUCAAAACUAUUCCAGUGUCUAUCCAAUUAUUAUUCAAGUUCCAUUUAUCAUUAACAAAUUUUUUUGUUUCCAUUAUUUCAGAUCCUAAUAUCAAUUUCCAAGAUCGUGUGAAUAGAUUUUCGGUUAUUAUCCAAACCUUAAAUUAUGUAAGAUGGAAAAAUUCUUCAAUUGAUGCAUUUGAAGUAAGUCAUAAAACAGAUCAUGAUUCAGAACUUUCCCCACACAUUCCUUCAUUUAUUGAAACUGCAAUAGCAAAUGCAUUGCUAGCACCUCAAUCAAGAAGGUACGAGACAAGUUUGAGAUUUGCUCAUUCUAAACUAAAAGUUCAAAAAUCUCAAAAGAGAUUGAGAUCAAUAUGCGAGAUAUUAGAAGAUAUCGAUGCAAUACAUAUCAAAUUAUUUUUGGAGGCAGAGGUAUCUGCUACUGGGGUAACAAACAAUUAUUGUCCAUGUCCAGGAUGGCUGGUUUCAUCAUUAAUGGAUUUAACAUUACUAAUAUCUAAUUCAAGUUCUUUGAACACUAACUCGUUUAAUUUUGAUAAAAAGAGGUGCAUCAAUAACAUAAUAUCAAAUGUAACCGAAAUGAUUCCAAAUACUAAUAACAAUCACGGUCGCUCAAGCAAUUUCUUUAAAAUAUUGUUUACUAAUUAUAGAUUACCUUUGGAGUCAUACCAAGGCAAAGUAAAAGAUGUCUCUAAAGAGGAAGCAAAAUUAGCUGAUUUGAAAGAAACUGGUCUAUAUAACGAGAUUUUAAUUCUUGAAGUUGAAAAAUUGAGAAGGGAAAAGCAAAAGAAGGAGAUGCUAUUAAUGAAAGAACAUGAAAGUAAACGAAUUUCUGUCUCUCAAAAUAUAUCAUGGAAAAAUAAGAGGAACUCAAUUAUUAUUCCAAGCAGUUACCAGGUAACUGCUAAUAAUCAAGUUACAACUAGUGUUACAAAUGGUACAGAUAUUACAAAAAGAAAUUCCGUUUCAUCUAGCUCAACUAGAAACUCAAUUAUAACAUCAAAUAAUCAUAGUGGCGUCAGCAGAAGAUUAGGAGAUUUUUUCAAAAGUCCUUUUUCUAUGGGAACUUUCUCCUCCUCAGUAUCAAAUCAAUCAUUGCAUUCUUAUUUAGUCCAAGUUUUGAAGAAUGACGGCUCCUUAUCACCUGCUGUUCUUCCAGAAAUUGAACUAUCUAAUCUAUUAGAAACCAAGCCCAUGUUAAUUAUUAAAACAUUUGAAAUUAAAGCAAUCGUUCCUUUAGUAAAUCAUAAAAUGUCAUCCUCAUAUGCUUAUUCUUUUAAAAUUAUUAUGGGUAAUGGCUCUGAGCAUACGAUUCAAGCAACCAGUAUGAAGGAUAUGAAUGAAUGGGUCCAAAUGAUCAAAACAUCUAAGAGAUACUCCUUUUAUUCUCAAAAAUACAAAGGGAAAACACACAAUAAAGUAUUUGGUGUUCCGUUAGAGGAUAUCUGCGAACGUGAGAAGGGUCCUGUACCUGCUAUUGUUGUCAAGUUGUUACAAACAAUAGAAGAAAGAGGUCUAGAUGAGAUCGGUCUAUAUAGAGUACCUGGUUCUACUGGUAGCAUAACUGCAUUAAAGAACGCUUUUGAUGAAGAAGGUGCUAUAAAUAAUACCUUUACGCUAGAUGAUGAUAGAUGGUAUGAAAUUAAUACUAUUGCUGGUUGCUUCAAGAUGUAUCUUAGAGAACUACCAGAUAGUUUAUUCACUAAUGAAAAAAUUGACGAUUUCGCUGGAGUAACUCUUCAGUUUAAAGCCAAAAAAUUAUCAGAAGAAGAGUAUACAAAUUCUAUUAUAAAAUUAUUAAAUGGCUUGCCAAAUAUUUAUUAUGAGACCAUGAAGGCAAUUGUAUUACAUUUGAAUACAGUUCAUAAACAUGUUAGUAAUAACAGGAUGGAUGCUUCGAAUCUUGCCAUCGUAUUUUCGAUGAGUUUUAUUGAUCAAGAUAAUUUUGCUUCAAGUAUGGGUACAACUUUAGGCGCUAUUCAGACAAUAUUACAGCAUUUUAUUACAUUUCCUGAAAAGUUUUUCAAGGAAUAA